AUGGCAUCAAAGUCAUACUUAGAAAAUGAAGGAAAAAUCUUUAAAAAUCUCAAGUACAACACAACCAUGAUCAUUAAAAUUGGAAGCAUCAUCUGUAUAUUCAGGCCAGAAAGUGCCAAAGAAAUUCCAAUUUUACUUGUUGGAAAAACUGGUGUAGGAAAGAGUACUACCGGAAACACAAUUCUUGGCACCAAUACGUUUUUUACAUCAACAGCUUCAACUUCGAAAACAGCAGAGACCCAAUAUGGUGUCUCAGAGAGAUUUAAUAAAUGUUUGGUUAUUAUUGAUACACCGGGACUCUUCGAUACAGACACAUUUGCUGAAAUCGAAAAGAUCACAGAUAUGAUAGACUAUAGUUCUCCAGCCAUUCAUGUUUUAUUAUUAGUUGUAAAAGUUGGGAGAUACACUGAUGAAGAACAAAAAAGUGUUCAUCUUCUUUUGGACUACUUUGGUCAACAAGUUGAGCGGUGUAUGAUCGUGGUAUUUACUGGUAAAGAUAAAUUGGAUGAUGAAAAUAUGACCAUAGAGGAAUACAUUAAUACUAUGGAUGACAACUCUAAUAUCAAAAAGUUCAUCAAUGAUGUAGAUAGAAGAUUUAUUGCUAUCGGUUUCAAUGGAAAUAUGACGGACCGUGAUAAGGAAGUAAAAAGUAUUUUGAAAAUGAUUGAACAGAUUGGCGAAAACGAUUUUCAUACCUGCUAUGGAAAAAGGGAUUUUACAAAUGUCGAAAAAAUUACACAAACUUGA